CUCCCCCCCGCAGGAGAUCGAGAGAGAAUAACACAAAGCAACACAGAGAAAGAGAGACAGACAGAGCUAGCAUACGCAAAGCAAGAAAGGAAAGAGACGAUCUGUAUGGUCCAGGCGAGCAUGGUGGCCAUGGAGGGCUUCCCGUUGUCUCUGGUGGCGCUGGUGGGGUCGGCGGUGGCCGUGGCGGUGGCCACGGCGUACCUGUGCGCGUGCGUGGCUGCGUGGGUGAGCUGGCCGCGCCGCGUCGGGGAGGUCUUCCGGCGGCAGGGCAUCGACGGCCCGCCACCGUCCUCGUUCCUGUCGGGGAACCUCUCGGAGAUGCAGGCGAGGCUGCACGCCGUCGCGGCGGAGGACGGUGGCGCGAGGGACUUCCAGAGGGACGGCUUCGACGACUACUGCAAGAGGAUCUUCCCCUACUUCGACAAGUGGAGGAAAGCCUACGGUGACACGUACCUGUACUGGCUGCGGCAGCGGCCGGCGCUGUACGUGACGGACCCGGAGCUGAUCAGCGAGAUCGGGCGGUGCGUGUCGCUGGACAUGGGCAAGCCCAAGUACCUGCAGAAGGGCCAGGAGCCUAUCUUCGGCGCCGGCAUCCUCAAGUCCAACGGCGCCUGCUGGGCGCGCCAGCGCAAGGUCAUCUCGCCCGAGUUCUACAUGGCCAAGGUCAGGGCCAUGGUGCCGCUCAUGGUGGACGCCGCCCAGCCGCUGCUGCGCUCCUGGGAGGCUGCCAUCGACGGUGCCAAGGGCGGCGGCGGCGUCACGGCGCUGGAGGUCGACGCCGACAUCCGGAGCUUCUCGUUCGACGUCAUCUCCAGGGCCUGCUUCGGGACGGAUCACUCCAGGGGGAAGGAGAUCUUCCUCCGGCUCCGGGCGCUGUCCGGGCUCAUGGCCGAGACCAGCGUCAUCUUCGCCAUCCCGUCGCUGAGGUACCUGCCGACGGAGAAGAAUCGGCGUAUCUGGAGGCUCACGCAGGAGAUCCGGUCGCUGAUCCUGGAGCUGGCGAGGGGGCGCCGGGCGGAGACGGCGGAGCAGCGCGACUUCCUGAGCUCCAUCAUCGAGAGCAGCGGCGACCAGCCACGGCCGGACGACUUCGUGGUGGACAACUGCAAGAACAUCUUCUUCGCGGGGCACGAGACGAGCGCGGUCACCGCCACCUGGUGCCUCAUGCUGCUGGCCGCGCACCCGGAGUGGCAGGAGCGGGCGCGCGCCGAGGUCCUCGAGGUCUGCGGCGGCGCCGCGGCCGAGCCGGACUUCGACAUGGUCUCCAGGAUGAAGACGCUGGGCAUGGUGGUGCAGGAGACACUGCGGCUCUUCCCGCCGUCGUCGUUCGUGGUCCGGGAGACGUUCCGCGACAUGCGCCUGGGCCGGCUGCACGCGCCCAAGGGCACGUACCUCUUCGUGCCGAUCUCCGCCAUGCACCACGACGCGGCGUCGUGGGGCCCGACCUCGCGCCGCUUCGACCCGGGGAGGUUCAAGGACGGCGUGGCGGCGGCCUGCAAGCACCCGCAGGCGGCGUUCAUGCCCUUCGGCCUCGGCGCGCGCACCUGCCUCGGCCAGAACCUCGCCAUCGUCGAGGUCAAGACGCUCCUCGCCGUCAUCCUCGCGCGGUUCGCCUUCACGCUCUCGCCGGACUACAGGCACUCCCCGGCGUUCCGGUUCAUCAUCGAGCCGGAGUUCGGGCUGCGCCUUCUCAUACGCCGUGUUGGCGCAACUCAGGACGGCUGCAAUUGAUAUACUACGUGUAUAACCAAAGAUCGUCUGGGUCGAAUUGGGCUUGGUUAAAUACAACGUCGACUAGUUAGCUAGCACAUCGAAAAAAAAGAGAGUUCAAUAUAUGGACAUCAAAACGUAGCAUGAUUAUACUCGUACGAUAGCAUUUGUCAGUAAGUAAUACUCCUACAGUACAUGAUUUAACUGAUGAGCUCCAUUUCUGACAUCCAGACAUUGAUCCAUCUGAAAGAUUCUGAAUGAGGCGACA